AGGGAGUGUGACGUCACAAACAUGGAGUAGUGCUAGAGACACUCCUAUUUGAGCUGCUCUCCUGUUUUACACAUAAAGAACGUCAUUUUGUACUCACAACGAAGUGAAACAUAUCCAGAUCGGUGUAGAAUGUCGUGAUAUAUUACCCGUGGGCAUAUAAACCUGGCAAGAUGACUGGGAGGAACAUAAUAACGCGAGAACUGAGUGAUUCCAUCCGUCAAUGCCUUGGCCGUAAAGUGAAACUGACCUUGAAAGUACUAGUUAAAGUUGAAACAAGAGGAGACAAGACAGACAAUCGGGUAUUGGCCUUUGCAUCAUGUCGACUUUUCGUGCUCACAGCCAAGGUGCCCACAAGGGUGGAUCAGCACUUCCAUUACUUGGACAUUCAGGGUAUUGAGAGCCGCAAACCCAACCAGUUGUGUUUAACUGUUUGUGACCGGGUCUACACGUAUUACACAACACACGAGGAAAACAGCAGUCAUGAGGUGGACACAAUGGUACUUAGUCUGGGUACCGCGCUCAAAAAUAUCUUCCCCGCUGUCCCUCUCACACACAUUAUCCGUAAAGUGGACAUCCAGCCCCCGAAACGGAUGCAGCAGUUAGAAGAGCUUGAACGCGCAACACUGGGAGGGACAAGAGAUAUGGGACCGUGUGGCGGCUUCUCCACUCAGUAUAUGUGUAUGUGCGACUAUCAUGCACUACCAUAUAGAGAAGAAGUAGCGUGGGAUGUCGACACCAUCUACCUCUCACACGAUACUCGAGAGCUCUACUUACACGACUUUGAUUAUUUAGAACAAAAGGGAAUGGACAGUAACAGAGACCUCAUCCCUAUCAUCAGUGCCCUCGAGUAUAACACGUGGUUUCGCAAACUCCGGGCCAGCCACAGUAAACUUUCACAUGAAGCAAUAGAGCGAAUUUUACAUGUGGUCAGCAAGUCACUUAGUUUAGAAGAAAUAUAUCUAGAUAAUAUUGGUGCCAAAGCAGAAUUUGCUAACAAGCUGUCAUUGGCACUUUUGUCCAAUAGCAACAUUCCAUUGCAGAAACUUGACCUCUCGCACAAUCCACUUGAGGACAAAGGUUUAAACAAUCUGUGCGGCCUGGUAGCCAAGCUGUCUCCGGUGGCUGGGGGUGCUAUACACAUAAGUAACCCCAUUGGUCGACAAGCUAAAGGUCUUAGUCACCUUAAUCUUUCCCAGUGUGGGCUCACGGGUAAAGGUGUCAACAUGUUAGCACAUUCCCUCUCAGUCAAUAAGUAUAUGUGUCAAACUUUAACAUUCCUGAGCCUAGCUGGCAACUCCUUGCGAGAUGAUGUCAACAACUUGUACAACUUUUUAGCCCAACCCAACACUCUCAAGACGCUUGACCUAUCUGCCACCGAAUGUGCCAUUGAUGCCGUUUUUGGUGCAUUAUUACGAGGGUGUACAAGUAGUCUAGCUCAUCUCAUCCUCUCCCGCAACAGUUUUGGCAGCAAGAAAACUCGAGAAAUGUUGCCUUCCUUCAAGCAGUAUUUUACCUCUACCUUGGCCCUAAAAACCCUCACACUCUCUCAAUGUAAACUUCCUGCAGAUGCUCUCAAGAAUGUUUUACUAGGAUUAGCCUGUAAUGAAAACAUCUCUGAAGUUGACCUAGACCUAAGUAGUAACCAGUUAAGUGCAACUGGAGCACAAAUAUUGGAGUCGUGUAUCCAUGGUGUUCGCUGUUUGUCAGCAUUAGACAUUUCUGAUAAUGGGUUAGAGACUCAACUUGGCCCUGUAGUAGCAGCAAUUAGUAAAAACAAAAGUAUUAAAAAAUUAAAUAUAGGACGUAACCUCAAUAAUAUCAAGAGCAAGCACGUCUACCAUGUAAUGGAGUCUGUUGUACAAAUGAUCCAGGAAGAAGAUUGCGUAUUAGAAUCUCUCUCCAUAAAUGACUCCCGACUUAAAACUGACCUGCACAACCUCCUUAACGCUCUUGGGAGUAAUCACUGCCUCCAAAGUUUAGAUAUUAGUGGUAAUUAUAUGGGUGACAGUGGUGCACGACUUCUGGCCAAAGCUCUGCAAAUCAACUCCAAACUUCAAUACAUAAGCUAUGAUAGAAAUAACGUUACAUUACAAGGCUAUAGUGAUAUUGCAUAUGCAUUACAAAGUAAUUACAGUGUCAAGUUUAUGCCCUUUCCUGUACACGAUGCCAUGUUGUGCAUGAAGACGGCGCCAGAACGAACAGAGAACAUAAUGCGCAGAAUUCAGGACACAUUGUAUAGAAACGUAUCUCCAAUGAAAUACUCCAAUGGACAAGCUUUUAGAUUACAACAGGGCUUCUUGUUGAGUUCGACACAACAGCAAGUGGAUCGUCUAGUGCUACAGACCGGUGAAGUUGUUAGGACCUUGAAGCGCUCUGGGAGUGACUUUGGAGGUUCCAACUCUUUACAGUGGGCCGAGGGACUCAUCACAGAUGCCGACAGCUCCAAACAGCUGAUCACUCACCUACACGACGUUGUCCUGCGGCGGGAUGAGGCCGGUAACCCCAUAGAGACCAAGUUGCACCAGCUCUCCACCGACCUCCACGCUGUCAUCACCAACUAUCUUCAGGAUACAGUUGAGAGUAUGGUUCGGUCGGCUCAAGACAAGUGCCCUAACGUGCUGAGUGAGGAGAAGGUGGUUAAUGAUGUGAGGGCUGCCUGCCUUGCCAAAUCUCAGCUCUCGUAUGAUCUCGUAGAGUCUGCCAUUGUGGAACAAGCGGGCUCAGUUAUAUUGAACAAGGUCAACGAAGUCAACUUGGCUAUUGCCUCAACUGUUUCAGACCGUGUUAUUGAUGAAGUUGUUGAAUCCUUAUCCAAAACGUGUAAAAACUUGCAGUCCGGAGAGGCUCCUCGGAAGAGAGCCUCAACUGGAACAGAAAUGGGAAGCCGCGAGCGGGGAAGUAGUGAAUCAUCGUCACGGAGUGAACGCUCGGAUACAGUGAGUCAGGGAGAUGACACGACUAGUCAAAAAUCAGAUCCAUCGCCUCUGAAAUUGGAAUAUUUGAACCUCGCCACCCCGCAACUGGCAUCAAAACGGAAGAGUUUGCACGGAAGAAAGUUGCGCCCACAGAGCGUUGUUGAUUAUGCAGGAGUUCAUGCAGCCUUGAAGCAAGUUUUGGACAUUCGUUAUAGUGCAGACCAUUAUAUUAAGGAGGGGGUUAGUAGUGAUAGUGUAGAUAUUAUGGGAGAGACCACAGAAAAUUUUGAUGUUGAAGAAAGGGAGUUGUGGAUGGAGGACAUGCAGGUUUUCUUGCCUGUCCCUCAAGCUUCAUUACAGUUGUACAGUAGGACCUCUCAGGAUUUGCACCAGAAUGCUCCCACAGCAGAGGGAGACUUUAUUGGCUGGACUGAUGUAGACAGGAGUGAGUCUACUUCGAGCACCCAGUCAGUAAUUGGCUCUCCCAAGGACAAGGCCGAGUCAUUGGACAGCGUAUCUGAAUUACCGAGCAGUUGUGGUCAACUCCAGCACCUUGGUAAAGCCCGACCACGAAGAGUUAAAACUCGGGCACCAACACGCCCCAUGGGUCGUGCAGAUCUAGUUGAAGAAGAUCAUGACAUUUCCGAGGGUGUGGAUACAUUCUUCCGGCCAGGUUCCUCUACACCAACCACACCUCUCAUCUCACCCGACUCAGAGAACAGCCCCCGUCUGCUCAAGUAUGGUUCCACUUCAUCUGUUGAAAGUUCCCCACACACUGGAGGAGCAAGAACAGGCAGUGAGAGAGGAAGCAUUGAAUCACUUACCCGUUCAGAUUCUCUAGCUCGCUCAGAAUCCGAUGUGACUCGCGAUUCUCCAAGACCGCGCACCAAAUCUAGAGACACUGAAGAUGAUGAUGAUGAAGAGGAAGAACAGAGUAUAGAAGAAAAGAGCAGUCGCAGUGUUACCAGUCUUAUUGGAAAGUUAGCCAGCGAAGGGGUGUUGAAGAGGUCACCAGACAUUAGUGCCAGGAAGGCCUCGACGUCAUCCAACAUCAGUUCUAUUGAUGACAAAAGUCGUAGUGAGGAAGAUGGUAAGGAAGACUCGCCUCCCAGAAAGAUGACAGGAUUACCCAAGAUUGGCAUAGGUAUUGGUGGCAAUAUUCUUGCCGAGAUGAAGAUGAUGCAAGAAAAGAGGACAUCAUUUUUGCCCAAGGAAGAGGAUAGAGAUAGAGAAGAAAAGAAAGAAAACCCCUCUAGUAGCCUCCUAGCUGGUGUACGAUUACGAUCGACUGGCCUUGCAGACAGCCUCAAAUCUCCCACCAAUGGCUUCCCACGAGGCUCCGGUGGAAAUAAAUCGCCAAAUUGUAACCGGGAUUCUUGUAUUGACACAACAGGACUGAGCCCGAACACCAAGCCUGUGAUCACCGCCCUCAAACCUAAGCCCCCUCCCCCUCUCGCACCCAAACCACGACCCAAGUCUGUCAUUGGAGGAGACCACAGAUCAGGUAUGGCCCCCGAGCUGCUGGUAAUCUUCGACAAGCGGCGCUCGACGCUCACAAGCAACCAGCUAGAGGAACUGGAGGAGACUUGGGUGGACGGUGAACGGGAUGGUGACUCCAUCUCGGGACCCCCACUACACCGCCAAACAUCACACAAACACGUUCUCAAUACUGACCUUGCUCUUGAGGAUGUUGUCAAUGUAUAGUACAGUAUUUUAAGGGCAAAUCUUUUGUAUAGUAAAUUUAAGUAUGUACAGUUAAAGAAGGCAACUAUUUCUUAAAGCACAUUUCUACGUGUUGUAUUCACAGACAUCUCGUAUGCUCUCCAAGACUAUGAAUCUUAUAGUAGAGGGAUUGCUUCCAUGGCAACUUACUGUGUUUUAGAUCCUCUUCAUAGUACUUGACCUGCUAGCAAACAAAACAAGUUAAGACGAAUGUAAGUACUGGUGUUGCAUCAUGAUCUUGAUGGAAACUUCUUAAGAAGGCUGUGACAUGUAUGCAUCACCUCUUGAUGUAUAGAAUCUUAGCAUAUUGUUAAUAUCUAUGAAUUACAGAAAUAUGAUGAAAUCAAACAUAGUUAUACUGCAGUUAUUUAUGGUUGUUGGAACCUAGUGUAUUUGAGAUAUGUAAAUAAAAAAAAUAUGCAUUAUUAGGGAUGUGUAGGUCAGUCUUCGCAUUUAUAUAUAACAGCCAUUUUUAUUAGAUUGAGUGAUGAACUACAGUAACACCUGUAUGACUAGAUGAGCCAACAUGGAACCCUAGUAUGUUGUGUCAGACUUAGAGCACUGCCAACACUAGAUUUUUUUUCAUUAGAGUACAACUAACUUAAAAUGGUGUGAAACAAAGGCAAACCAAAGAAUACAUGUGGCCACAGAUUCUGGUGUUCUCUGGGCCUUUACUACUGGUACUUGGGGUCAGGGAUGGCCAAUGCUGGUAUUUAGUGCAUGUCAUUUUCAGGUUUUAUUGUCGUCAUCAGUCUGAUAGACGUCAAAAUAUUAAUGCAAGUGCAAUAUGCGAGAUAUGUGAUCCAAGGGAUAUUUGCAUAUAAAAUUAUCUAUAAAUCUUUAAAUAAAUAUGUCUGUAAUUACAAAGUAAACCUAUGAAUAAUUUUUAAUUUUUUGAAAAUAUUCCAAAGACAGUAAACAGGUCAUUGUACUCUUUGAAUUAUAUUUAAUCCAUGUUACUGUGUAGUACUGAAAUAUGCAUUAACAAAAUAAUGUAUUUUGCACUCAUAUGAAUAUUGCAAAUUCUGCUUACUUAAAAUUGUAAUAACACUAGAAAGAUGCACAAUUACAUACCCACUUGCUUAGCUAUAAUAAAGAUGAGUAGAUAAUAUAUACUGUGUGUGUGUAUGUAUAUAGGUGUAUAUAUAUAUUAUAUAUUAUAUAUAAUAUAUAUAUUUGUAUAAUAUAUACACAAUAGGUGGCCGAGAACAGAAAGUGUUAAGUGAAGAGAGAGAUACUAGUGAGAAUCGACUUGUAGAUAUUUUAUCUAAGGUCUGUAUCAUAUCUCUGAGAUAUACAGGUGGUGUUCAAGGGAGGGAAGAUGUAAGGGUUUGUCUUAUGUGUUUGAAUUAAUUUAUUAUGGUAUCAAUGCUGUUUGGUCCAAAAAAAAUUUUGGUGUUUGCAAAUUCUUUCAGUUGUCUCUUAAUGGUAUACUUUUGAGUCCAUGAGGUUCCUCUCUCAUCAACUCAAGGAUGCUAAACUCAUCAUCAAAGAAGAGAACGACGUUAGGAGAUAAUCUUUAGCUUUCAAAUGCUGCUACACACUGUAAUACACAAUUAUGGAGCAUUCAGAGUUGCCAUCCUUCUUGUUGAAUUAACGUUUAUAAAACAUAUAUUGACACGAGACUUUUCAUCUGACCUCUGCCCCACCUUCACGUCCCUAGUCCCUGCCCCACCUUCACGUCCCUGGUCCCUGCCCCACCUUCACGUCCCUGGUCCCUGCCCCACCUUCACGUCCCUGGUCCCUGCCCCACCUUCACGUCCCUGGUCCCUGCCCCACCUUCACGUCCCUGGUCCCUGCCCCACCUUCACGUCCCUGGUCCCUGCCCCACCUUCACGUCCCUGGUCCCUGCCCCACCUUCACGUCCCUGGUCCCUGCCCCACCUUCACGUCCCUGGUCCCUGCCCCACCUUCACGUCCCUGGUCCCUGCCCCACCUUCACGUCCCUGGUCCCUGCCCCACCUUCACGUCCCUGGUCCCUGCCCCACCUUCACGUCCCUGGUCCCUGCCCCACCUUCACGUCCCUGGUCCCUGCCCCACCUUCACGUCCCUGGUCCCUGCCCCACCUUCACGUCCCUGGUCCCUGCCCCACCUUCACGUCCCUGGUCCCUGCCCCACCUUCACGUCCCUGGUCCCUGCCCCACCUUCACGUCCCUGGUCCCUGCCCCACCUUCACGUCCCUGGUCCCUGCCCCACCUUCACGUCCCUGGUCCCUGCCCCACCUUCACGUCCCUGGCCCCUGCCCCACCUUCACGUCCCUGGUCCAGCUUCACUCCCCUGACCUCUCUCUUUUUUUUUUCCUUCCCUCAUUUACAUGUCUGGCUGCCCCCGCCAGCAGGGGAGAUGCCUUGUUGCCCCAACCUGCACAGGAGAAGUCCACAUGUCCCACCUUCAUCAUCCUGGGUCGUCUUCCCUCCCCCUUACCAUCCCCUUCUUAACCUCAUACUAUUUUAUUCUUUACAAGCCCUUGACCUGUGCAUCUCAGAUUUGAAAUCUUUUAAGGACUUUAAUAAACAAAAUAACACAUUGGAGAUUUUAUAUAAUAUAUAUAAUAACAAAUUUCCAUAUGCUGUUGGAUGGAGAGUUUAGGUUCUGUAUGGCAUUUAUACACAGUAUGAUUAUACUAAUCUUUACAGUAUUUCAAGAUGAGAUGUUUAAGAGGAUAGUUGUAGACAAAUUGAAGAUUCAUGUGAUUAGCACACUAAAUAAGGCCAAAAGAAUUUGAAAGUCUUUUAAUAGGUGGAUUUUUAUUGCAGUUAACUAUACAAUCUAUCUCAGUUAUAAUAGCUGCACACUUUGAUCAAAUAAAGCAAUUCUUUGUGAUAGUUUCUCCAUUUUGUAAAUAAAAUGCUGUAUAUGUAUUGCAAUAUUAUACCAUUUAUAUUGUAAGCUAAUAAUUUCCACGUGGACAUAGUGUAUAAAGCAGGAAUUUUCCUGCAUGAAUAUAAGUAUUGUUAUUGAGCUGCCAAUUACGUGCUUGCUCUGUAUCAGGAAUAUGGCUUAUGUACAGCUUUGAUUUGUCUCGGACAUGGAAUGGAGGAGCUUUGUGCCAAGCUAUGGGGGUGGGAAAUGAUUUAUAUCUGUGUUAUGGACAAUAUGCAUUUUAUUUAUAAAUAUGCUGGCGAUGUGAUUUUAUUUUAUUAGUUCUGAAGAUUAUUAUGGUUAGAAAACGUGGUAUAUCUGUGAUGAAUUAUGAUUGUGGUGUGAUUUAAAGACUGAGUGACAGUAUGAACCUACAGUCAACAAGAUUAAGAAAGCUAUUCGUCUUGAAGGAAAUUUUGAGUAUUAAAGAGAAUAAGCUUUUGAAGUCAUUAAAGUGUCUUGACACUUGUGUAAAUAAAAAAUAUUGUGAAUAAGUGUAUUUUACGUAGAUAAUUCUUAAUGAGAAAUGAAUACUUUAAAUUUCUUUUAGUUAGGAUAUUUAAAUUAAUUUUAAGUGUUUAGUGAAGUGGCAAUGUUUUGCAUUUAAUGCAUGAUAAGAAACUUUUUAUUUGUUCCUGAAAAAUGUUUUGAUUGAACAUGUUUAUAGCUUUAUACAGUCAAUGAUUAAGGAACAACAAUUGUUACCAACAAGCUGAAAGAGAAAAUGUGUGUUGCAGCUGGAGUUACUAAGAGAAGCUGGUGAGUAUGGGCUUUAAUGAGGCAGUACAAAGAGGCCAAUGGCAAAGGAUUGUUACAGUGCUCACAAGAGACAAUAUACUUAUAAAAAUCAAAAAGUAUUGUGAAUGUUUGUAUAGGUGAAUGUAGGUAGAAGUAGAAGAUAAACCUUCAGUUUGAAUAAGUUCCUUGAGCCACUGUAAUAUACCUUACAGAGCCCACAGCACCUUCUCCUAACCUAUACACUGAACAACUGUUGGACAGUCCUCAUCUUGGUCUUCACAGUAAUGUCUAUGGUUUAUUUUAAAUUGCAUCAUUUAGUCAUCACUUUCAUAAUCCAUUAAUUGGUGCAGAUUGAUGUAGAUAUCUAAAUUCAUUUUGGUAUUUGUAAGGAGCUUUUGUAGCCAUUUAAUGGCUUUCGUAUUUACACAAAACAGUAUUUAAGAAGGUAGAGUCGGUUUUUCACUCUCGGUCAUCUUGUCAGUUAUUGUUUGAUGUACUAUUAUAAAUCAUUUUAAAACUGUACAGUCUACUGCCAGUCUGAUAGGUCUGUUGUUAGCCUUUUUUUAUUAUUAUUAAUUAGCAUAAUGGCAUAAGAAUUGUUGUGGUAAGAUGCUGUUGUUUAGUGUGGGCAUCAUGUUGUGCUUGCGAGGUGCAGACCAGAUGGGGGCCACGGACACACGUUGACGCCUCUCUAACAUCUCCACUAGUCUUGGAUUACGCUUCAAAAUAUUUGACCAGUCAAAUUACGAUGUAAUGCUAAAAUUCUUGGUAAUGUGUGUGUCAAGAUUUAAAGAUUUAAAAGAUUGUCAGUGUGUCCAUUUGCCUGUAUCUUGAAAGACUGUGCCAUGACUUAGCUAGCAAUGAAACUAAUUGUGGUCAUUGUGAGUUGUGAUAGUAUCAAAGUUCUCCCACAAGUUCGUUUCCUCCCAUUUUCUUUUUAAAUAUUUGACUGGAGAGCCUAAUUAUGUGACCACAGUUUGUCACAGUGCACAGUGUUUUACCCUUGCAGUGUAAAUAUAUUAUCUGUCAUAUUUUAUAUUUUACAAUUAUUCUACUGCCUUAAUAAAACUUAUUUCCUA